GCGCCCUCGCACGCGCGUAUAAAGUCAGACUCGCGCUGCAGCAGCUGAUGGGGUAAAGUUUUCAGCUGUGAGACAACAUGUCUGCAGGAGAAUUGGACAAGAACAGCACCAUCGACCUGAGGAAGAAGCACAUUGGACCUUCCUGUAAGAUUUUCUUCAGCCAUGACCCUCUUAAGAUUGUCCGAGCAAAAGGCCAAUACAUGUUUAAUGAAAAAGGGCAGCGGUAUUUGGACUGCAUCAACAAUGUCGCCCAUGUGGGCCACUGUCACCCAGAGGUGGUGAAAGCCGCUUCUCAGCAGAUGGAACUCCUUAACACCAACACGCGAUUCUUACAUGACAACCUGGUACUUUAUGCAAAAAAGCUGCAGGCGACGCUGCCAGACAAGCUCUCCGUCUGCUACUUCGUCAAUUCAGGCUCCGAAGCCAAUGACCUGGCCCUCCGACUGGCGUGGCAGCACACAGGACACAAAGAUAUUAUCACUUUGGAAAACGCAUACCACGGUCACGUAUCGUCCCUCAUCAACAUCAGUCCCUAUAAGUUCCAGCAGCUGUCAGGCACAGAGCAGAGUCAAUUUGUCCACGUGGCCCCCAGCCCUGAUGUGUACAGGGGCAAAUACCGGGCAGACCACGCUGACCCAGCCAGAGCGUAUGCAGACGAAGUCAAAGACAUUAUAGAGCAAGUCCACAAGAAAGGAGGCAAGAUUGCUGCUUUUAUUGCUGAGUCAUUGCAGAGCUGUGGGGGUCAGGUCAUCCCCCCCGUGGGUUACUUCCAGCAAGUGGCCGAGCACGUCCGCAAAGCGGGAGGCGUUUUUAUUGCCGAUGAGGUUCAGGUGGGCUUUGGCCGCGUCGGAUCUCACUUCUGGGCCUUCCAGCUUCAGGGAGAAGACUUUGUGCCAGACAUCGUCACCAUGGGAAAGCCCAUCGGCAACGGGCACCCCAUGUCGUGUGUGGUCACAACCAGAGCGGUGGCGGAGGCCUUCAUGUCUUCUGGAAUGGAGUAUUUCAAUACAUUUGGCGGGAACCCGGUGUCCUGCGCCAUCGGUCUGGCCGUGCUGGACGUGAUUGAAAAAGAGAAUCUGCAGGAGAAAGCUCUUCGAGUGGGUCAGUAUCUCUGCAAUCUGCUGUGGAAGCUGAAAGACGAGCACCCACUGAUUGGGGAUAUCAGGGGGCAUGGUCUCUUCAUUGGGGUGGAGCUUGUGACGGACAGGCUGACGCUCAGUCCAGCUACAGCAGAGGCACAGGAAGUCAUCUACAGGCUGAAGGAGCAGUUCAUCCUCCUCAGUGCAGACGGGCCGCACCGUAACGUGUUAAAGUUCAAGCCCCCCCUGUGCUUCACCACCGAGGACGCAGACCUGGUGGUGGAGAAGAUGGACCUCAUUCUGACAGAGCUGGAAAACGCAUUGGGUUUAAAGAUAAACAACACAGUGAAUGGAGGAAAUCCAAAACCAAAGCAGGUAUCAGCUGAUGAAAACGGUCAGCAUCGUAGUGAUGUCAUAAAAACAAAUCAAGGAACUCCACAUCCCAGCAAACGACUCAAAACACACUGAUGCCUGUGAAGAGAUGCUAACUAUUAUGACAUGAAUCAUUUAAAACCCAUGGAGAGAAGGGGCUUUUGCAGACACUUUAAACUUUGAACUACAUUACUAUGUUUACAGCAAUAUUAUGCAAUAAUUAGCCUGAAACACUAUGAUCAUAUAUUUGUAUUUUACUACAUGAACAAGUAAAGUGUUAUGGAUUUACCCCCCUUUUUCAAAGAAAAAAUGUUUGCAUUUUAUUUCUUCUCAAAUGUUGUCCCCAAAUUGGAGAUGAACUUAAAUUAUCCAAGAAUUGACAGGAUUUUAUGAAUAAAAAUGGGUUAUAAUGCAAGGUUA